AUGAAUCAACAAAUAAAUAUCAGAGAGUCAUUAGAUAUUAGUGGUGGUAGUGGUAGUGGUUGUGAUGAUGAAAAUGAUAAACUUUUCAAAUUAGGUAAAUCGUUAUUCAUUCUAUUAAAUGAUGAUAAUAUAAAUAGCAAUAAAGCCAGUAGUAAUAAAAAUAAAAAUAAAGAUAAUAAUAAUAAUAAUAAUAAUAAUAAAAUAAAAUUAAUAAUUGAUAACCGACAUGAAAAUAAUAAAAAUAAAAAUAAAAAUAAUCAAAUAUCAAAAGAUAAUCUCAAUCAACAGAAUUUAUUAUUAUUAAAUAAUAAUUCAGAUUUUAAAAAAGCAUUUGAAUCAAUUGAUAAAUCAAUUAAAAUUAGCCCAACCGAUUCAAUGAAAGGGCGAAUUCUGCAGAUAUCCAUCACACUGGCGGCCGCUCGAGCAUGCUCUAGAGGGCCCAAUUCGCCCUAUAGUAGUCGUAU